CCCUGCGCUGACCUCUGACAGCAGCUCACGGAGCUGCUCCCUCCCUGCACCAACACGGAAGCAGCAUGGCGUCCAACCGCAGCAGCGGCAGCUCUGACAGGCAACGAAUUGCACAGCAAAGACUGAGUGUAAUUGCUGGGCAUUUACAGAGAUCGGUGGAGGGUAACUCGGCCAUCCUAGCCGCGGAGUGCAAAGCAGAAGGAGACAAGCUAGAUGUCUCCAGCGAGCGGAGGACUGUGCCGAGGAGGAGACAGGAGGUUAUGAAAUGGAACGGCUGGGGAUACAGCGAUUCAAAAUUCCUCUACAAUAAAAAAGGCCAAGCAGAAUUUACUGGCAAAAGGUAUAGGCUGAGCGGUAUGAUCAUUCCUGGCCUCAGAGAUUGGAUGGAAAGCACGUUCGGUGCCAGUCUGCAGCAUAAAACUACAGCAGCACCAAUUCUGAAUAGCAGUGCUGUCCAGCCUCCCGCUCUAAAUGAGGCCUUCGUGGAGGAACUAAAGUCCACAGGUAUUCCCUUCUCUCAUGAUGCUGAAGACCGGGUUUUUCGCGCACAUGGCCAUUGCUUACAUGAGAUCUUUGCUCUGAGAGAGGGGAAAAUUGGCCGUGUUCCAGAUUUGGUGGUAUGGCCAAAUUGUCACAAUGAUGUAGUGAAAAUUGUGGAGCUCGCAUGCAAACACAGCGUUUGUUUGAUACCAUAUGGAGGAGGGACUAGUGUCUCUAGUGCCCUCGAGUGCCCCCCAGAGGAAACUCGUUCCAUUGUCUCGCUGGAUACCUCACAGAUGAACCGCAUUCUGUGGAUUGACGAGAAAAAUUUAACUGCCCACGUGGAAGCUGGCAUUGUUGGUCAGGAUCUAGAGAGAUUGCUUAAUGAGAGCGGCUACUGUACAGGGCAUGAGCCUGACUCCAUGGAGUUCAGCUCCCUGGGGGGCUGGGUAGCAACCAGAGCGUCAGGCAUGAAGAAGAACAUCUAUGGCAACAUUGAGGACCUGGUUGUCCACAUAAAGAUGGUUACCCCACGAGGUGUGAUUGAAAAGAGUUGUCAGGGACCGCGCAUGUCCACAGGGCCUGACAUUCACCACUUCAUCUUGGGCUCAGAAGGAACCCUGGGUGUGGUUACUGAGGUUACAAUGAAGAUUCGUCCCAUGCCAGAGUACCAAAAAUACGGCUCCGUGGUGUUCCCUAAUUUCGAGAUGGGAGUUGCCUGUCUUCGAGAGGUUGCCAGACAGAGGUGUGCUCCAGCUUCCAUACGACUCAUGGAUAAUGAACAAUUUAAAUUUGGCCAUGCCCUGAAACCUCAAGUAUCUUCAAUUUUCACUUCCUUUUUGGACGGAUUGAAGAAAUUUUACAUCACCAAGUUCAAAGGGUUUGACCCCAACCGCUUGUGUGUGGCCACCCUGCUGUUUGAGGGAGACCGAGAGAAGGUCCUGCAGCAUGAAAAGCAGGUUUAUGACAUUGCUGCAAAAUUCGGGGGCCUGGCAGCUGGAGAGGACAAUGGGCAAAGGGGCUACAUGUUGACCUUCGUCAUCGCUUACCUCCGGGACCUAGGAUUCGACUACUAUGUGAUUGGGGAGUCCUUUGAAACCUCGAUGCCUUGGGACAGGGUUUUGGACAUCUGCAGAAACGUAAAGGCACGCAUUGUUCGAGAGUGUAAAGAGAAAGGAGUUCAGUUCCCACCAUUAUCCACAUGCAGGGUGACUCAGACAUAUGAUGCUGGUGCCUGUGUCUACUUUUACUUUGCCUUCAACUACAGAGGACUCAGUGAUCCAGUACACGUGUAUGAACAAGUGGAGCAUGCAGCUAGAGAGGAGAUCCUUGCCAAUGGAGGGAGCCUGUCACAUCACCAUGGAGUGGGGAAACUUCGGAAGGAGUGGAUGAGAGAGACCGUCUCCGAUGUCGGCAUGGGGAUGCUUAAGUCUGUCAAGGACUACGUGGACCCAAAUAACAUCUUUGGCAACAGAAACCUCCUCUAAUUUAACACUUCUGUCCAUCUUUAGUUAACCUUUUUCUAAAAGCAUAUUGUGCAUUUUGCAUCAAUAGAUACUAAAUGUGAAUUUAAAAUGGACACAGAUCUUUGUCUUCUCCAUCAAAUGUGUCAUUCAGUGCCAUUUAAUGAUUCACCCAAACCUUUUCUCGCUUUCAGUUUAUGUUGCACUUAAUCUGCUGUAACAAUCAUUCUAAUCUAUGUUGAGGCUCAUUUUUACUUUCAUCCUCCUGUGAUGCAAAAAAAAAUCUUUUUUUUUCUUUUUUUUUUUUGUCACAUUUGCUUUUGUUUAACUGCUAAAAAUCCUUGCCAACAUAGCAGAAACAGUUUGUCUUCAUGUUCCUCUCAUGUUUGUGUCUGUGUGUCUGAAGCUCUGUGCCUUUCUAAAGCUUUUGUCUGCCUUCCCCUCUCCUAUUACACACGUGUGUACAGUGAAGUCCCUUUGUGAAGGAAAACAGACUUGGACAUGAAGGUUGUCAGUGUCUCCUGUUCAUCUUUUCAUGCCCUCCUGCCUUCUGUUGCACUGACCAGUUGCCAUAAGAGACUAGUUUCUGGUGUGCGUGCGUGUGUGCGUGCCACUGGUGAUGACCUUUUUCAAGUUAAAUGAGAUCUACUAUGCUCAUAUCUAGCUCCACCUUUCUAUUCUUGGAUUCUACUAGUGGUAGAGUAGCUCUGCACGGUUCACAGGUCACAAUAAUCCUUAUUUAUCUUAUACUGGGCCUUUGUGUAGCCCCUCAGUUCAUCUCAGCCGGCUCUCUUCUGAUUGGCUGCCACACACAAGCAGGUGGGUGGAGUUGCUGUUAUGACAACAUAACCACAAUAACCCAGCCAUAAGAGAAAAUGAGGAAAAAAACAUAAUGGGUCUUCUUGAGUCCUCCUCCUGCACCAUCAAAAGUUCCCCACCUGUAGACGAACUGUAUGAUUACAAAGACUGAUAUUAUUUCCUUUGUGUUUAGUUUUUUGCACUGAUAGCAUUAACCUCACAUAGUUUUGUUACUGAAAAAGUGAAGUGGGGGCGGAGGGGGGAUCAAAUAAAAAGCCAUUUCAAUCAUUUGAAGUGUAGGGCCUCUGGAUUCUGGUGCUCACGUUGUACCAAAGACUCAACUCAUCAGAUCAUACUGUACACAUGUUUGAUGUCAUGACAACUUACUGCAAAGUUUAACUGUAUUUUUUAAUUAGCAUAUGCAAAGAUAACCAUCUUAAGAGCUCUAAAAUGUACAUAUGUUUGAUUUAUUACAUGUGCUAAAAAUUUCUAUUAAAUGCUUAAACACUUUUUUUUUUUUUUCCUGCCAUGUGAUUGUAUAAUUUGUGUUUUUUCCCCCCCAAAUUAUUCAGCUUGUCAAACAGUUGAAUAGGGUAUUGUGUAAAAGGUUUUUGGAACAGAUACUGUAAUGUACCACACUUUGAUACUUGACUUGGCAUUCAUGUUGAAGUAAGGUUCAUCUUUCCAUUGUAAACUGUGUAUGAUAUUUUCCAGGACCCGCGUGUGCUUUUAGGUCAAAAGAAUCCCCCAAAAGUAAAAAAGGUUUGUCCGGGAUCCCCUCGUCUGACCUUCUACCCCUUGUGUCAAAAAAAAUGUGCGAGAGCUUUUUGAAUGUUAUGGCUGUACCCUUUUUUGGUCAAUUUUCCACUUCUCUUAACAGCAUAGUAACUUCUAAGUAUGUUUUGUCAAUGCUGUUUGUGCAAUAAAUUAAAGAAAAAAUU